GUCUACGUUGUUGCCUUUCUUUCUUGUUAACUUUCUUUCACUGUCACCAAAGACUAGAUCACUACCAUAGUAUACUCGGAGACAGUCACAUUUUGUGUAACAACCAGUGUUUAUUUUGUGUUUCAAAAUCUGCACCAAUAAUGCCUCACAGUCAUUGCCAUGGGCAUGGCCAUGACCACGAUCAUGUCAACGUUGAAGAGUUGGGUAUUCAGUACAAUCUUUUUCAAAAAAUUGAUAAGGAUAAUCUGCAAUGUCUGAAUGAAAGCGUUGAAGGCGCUGGAAAAACGGUUUUUAAGGCUUGGGACCAAAGAUUAGAUAGAGAGCAGUAUGUUGAAAGUGAUGCUGAUGAGGAGUUACUUUUCAAUAUUCCUUUUACUGGAAAUGUUAAACUAAAAGGUAUCAGGAUAGCUUCAGAGGAUACAGAAUCACACCCAGCAAAGUUAAGACUAUUUAAAAAUAAACCCAAUAUGACAUUUGAUGAUGUUUCAAUGGAACCAGAUCAAGAAUUUGAACUCCAGAAAGAUACUGAUGGCAUGCUUGAGUAUAAUCCAAAAAUUGUCACAUUCUCUUCAGUUACACACUUGACUAUGCAUUUUCCUAGCAACUUUGGGGCAGAAAGUACGAAAAUAUAUUAUAUCGGACUAAAAGGAGAAUGGACGCCAGGCCAUAAACAUGGAGUUACUAUUUGCACAUAUGAAUCAAGACCUAUGAUUGAUGAUCAUAAAUUAAAAAAUUUAGAUUCUGUAUACAAACCAGUGGAUUAGAGAUAGAUCUUAAUAAACUUACUAAAACUGUAA